CAGAGCGUCGUGUUCGCGCGGUCUCCCCUCUUGGACGGCAGCGAAGUGAACCUCCCCAGGCUAUACCACGCCGUGGAACGCAACGGCGGUCUCAGCAACGUCAUACAACGCAAGCGGUGGGGCCGCGUCGCCGACGAGAUGAAGCUGACCAAGUUGCAGCACCCGGAGCGCAAGCUGGACCCCAUAUACAUGCGAUAUCUGCUGCCCUACGCCACGUUGUCCGAUCAGGAACGCCAAAGUAUAAUGGCGGAAGUGGAAAAAUGCUGGACCACCAAGUACCAGAAGAUGCUAGAACGGGCCCGCAAUCCCUUCCAGCGUCAGAACCGGAUGCUGGGCACCGAGUGCGAGUCGGAAUCUGACGACGAAGGAGAGGAUGGAAACACAGCUGGUGCGCUCCAAGAGGCAGAGGACUGCAUAGUGCAGGGGCGCACAAUGAACCUCGUCACAUUCAAAAAAGUAAGUCAGAAUCUGUCGACGAAGUGGAAGAUGGCUACACAGCUGGUGCGCUACAUGAGGCUGAGGACUGCAUAGUGCAGGGGCGCACAAUGAACCUCGUCACAUUCAAAAAAGUAAGUCAGAAUCUGUCGACGAAGUGGAAGAUGGCUACACAGCUGGUGCGCUACAUGAGGCUGAGGACUGCAUAGUGCAGGCGCGGACCAUGAACCUCGUCACAUUCAAGAAGGUAAGUCAGAAUCUGACGACGAAGUGGAAGAUGGCAACACAGCCGGUGCGCUACAUGAGGCUGAGGACUGCAUAGUGCAGGGGCGGACCAUGAAUCUCGUCACAUUCAAGAAGGUAAGUCAGAAACUGACGACGAAGGGGAAGAUGGCAACACAGCUGGUGCGCUACAUGAGGGUGUGAACUGCAUAGUGCAGGGGCGGUCCAUGAACCUCGUCACAUUCAAGAAGGUAAGUCAGAAACUGACGAAGAAGGGGAAGAUGGCAACACAGCUGGUGCGCUACAUGAGGCUGAGGACUGCAUAGUGCAGGGGCGGACCAUGAACCUCGUCACAUUCAAAAAAGUAAGUCAGAAUCUGUCGGCGAAGUGGAAGAUGGCAACACAGCUGGUGCGCUACAUGACGCUGAGGACUGCAUAGUGCAGGGGCGGUCCAUGAACCUCGUCACAUUCAAGAAGGUAAGUCAGAAACUGACGACGAAGGGGAAGAUGGCAACACAGCUGGUGCGCUACAUGACGCUGAGGACUGCAUAGUGCAGGGGCGGUCCAUGAACCUCGUCACAUUCAAGAAGGUAAGUCAGAAAGUGACGACGAAGGGGAAGAUGGCAACACAGCUGGUGCGCUACAUGACGCUGAGGACUGCAUAGUGCAGGGGCGGUCUAUGAACCUCGUCACAUUCAAGAAGGUAAGUCAGAAAGUGACGACGAAGGGGAAGAUGGCAACACAGCUGGUGCGCUACAUGAGGCUGAGGACUGCAUAGUGCAGGGGCGGUCCAUGAACCUCGUCACAUUCAAGAAGGUAAGUCAGAAAGUGACGACGAGGGGGAAGAUGGCAACACAGCUGGUGCGCUACAUGACGCUGAGGACUGCAUAGUGCAGGGGCGGUCUAUGAACCUCGUCACAUUCAAGAAGGUAAGUCAGAAACUGACGAAGAAGGGGAAGAUGGCAACACAGCUGGUGCGCUACAUGAGGCUGAGGACUGCAUAGUGCAGGGGCGGACCAUGAAACUCGUCACAUUCAAAAAAGUAAGUCAGAAUCUGUCGACGAAGUGGAAGAUGGCAACACAGCUGGUGCGCUACAUGAGGCUGAGGACUGCAUAGUGCAGGGGCGGACCAUGAACCUCGUCACAUUCAAGAAGGUAAGUCAGAAUCUGACGACGAAGAGAAAAAUGUGGGAACUCAGCUGGUGCGCUACAUGACGCUGAGGACUGCAUAGUGCAGGGGCGGUCCAUGAACCUCGUCACAUUCAAGAAGGUAAGUCAGAAUCUGAUGACGAAGGGGAAAAUGUGGGAACUCAGCUGGUGCGCUACAUGGGACUGAGGACAAAUAAACACACCCAAAAAAAUCGAUAGUUAGUACAUAAUCGAACUAUUUUUUUAACUAAUAUAAAUGAAAAUACAGGUCUGUUAACUAAAGCUGGCGCGUUCACAGUACUCACACUUAUGCAAUUUCACUAUACAGCAUGUUUAAAAAU